AUGACUGCUCUCCGGAACCCAAAGGGAACAGCCAUUGCAUCGAGAAGGGGGAUGGAGAAAAUCAUCUACGACUUCUACUCUGAUCUUUUCGAUAGCCAUGUCCACUUGCCUCCUCACCACCUGAGGGAAGAUGGACAAGUCAUUCCAGAGGUUCUCCCGUCCGAAAUACGACAUGCUAUCAUGUCGGUAAGAAAUCGUACAGCACCCGGUCCACAGAAUAAGACCAGAACACCUGAAGAGCUCUCCGCCAGUACUCACCAACACCCUGGCGAGGCUCUUUACACGUUAUCUGUCGGAGUGCAAGGUUCCUAA